GACAAAUGACGAUAGGUGGCACACGCAGCACACUAGUUACUCUAGAGACUAUUUGCGCUUGGCAACGUCGAUAUUACUAUUCGCGAAUCAAAUUUUUAUAGAGUUGUGCGGUGGAUGUUCGACAUUUGAAAAUUUAAAUUCUUUACGACAAUCAGUGAUACUCGAGAAAGAACUUGUUCGUCGCAGAAUGUCCGGCGAUGUGCAACCAAGGAAACGAAAGGAAAAACGACGUAAAAAAGAUGAUGAAGAUACUGGUACCCCACCACCUAUUUUGAUCAGCCCGACUGAUACUUCUGCCGAAAAUGUCACCAUUCACAUUUAUAAAGAGAGCAGCAUAGGUGGACAUUGGUGUGCACGAAUCAUAUUUUUUGUUUUAUUGGCUCUUCUUGCAGGAUUAAUCGGUAUAAUAAUCUUUGAACAUAGAGGAACUACAGAUGUCGAUACACCGCUAGCAUCAUUACGUUGGGCAAGUAUAUUUGAAGGCUGGAUAGACGAUUCACCAUCCAAUCAUGGCGAUGUAUCGUACGAACCGGAAGAAAAAAUGCAACUGAGCGAAGAAACAGAAGAAGAAGAGCAGAAGGAAGAGGAAGAAGAGGAGGAGGAGAAAGAGGAGGAAAAAGAAAUAGAUCAUAACAAAAAAAAAUCGACAAAAGUUGAAAAAGAUGAUGAAAAUAUAGAAAAAGAUAUGAAAGAAAUUGGACAAGAAGGAAAAACAGAAGAGGAGAUUGACGGUGAGGAGGAGGAAGAAGAAGAGGAGGAGGAGGAGGAGGAAGAGGAGGAGGAGGAAGAGGAGGAGGAGGAAGAGGAGGAGGAGGAGGAGGAGGAGGAGGAAGAGGAGGAGGAGGAAGAGGAGGAGGAGGAAGAGGAGGAGGAGGAAAAGGAGGAGGAAGAAAAAGAGGAGGCAGAAGAAACAGAAGAACAGCAAAAAGAAGAAGAACAAGAAGAAAAAGAAAAAGCAGUAAAGGACAAUACAGAGACAAUAGAUGAGAAUCGAAGCAGAAGGGAACAAAAGGAAGACAGAGAUGUUACUGAACAAGUUGAUGAAGAAGGAAAUAAUGAUGAUGACUCGCAACAAGAAUUUCAUGUAUUAGAAGAAGUUGACGAAACAAAUGAAGACGAAGAUGCUGAUGGGGAAAAUAAUAUGAUAAAUCACCUGGAUAGGGAACUUGAUGAAUUUAGCGUAGAAACAACUGACAAUUCUGUACAAGAAAAGAAUAAUGAUGUAUUUAAAGAAUUCCCAGGUAUACCUGGCGUUAAUGAAAUCGACGAUAAUAGUGCUGAACCUCUAGAAGAGAUAGAUAGUGAAGAAACUGAAGAAGAAAGUUUAAAUGAUAUAAAUAGUGAACCCGAGGAAGAAGAAAUUGAAGAAGAACCUACUAGUGUGGCUGUGAAGUUCGGAGUCGGUGUUGCACUUGUUGUUGCUGCGCAUUUUGUUCUCGUUAGACGAUGGAAUAACGUUGAUAUUGGUACUUUUCGUUCUUCACAUGAUAUAACCAACAUACCUGAUUUAUCAAGACGUGAUACAAUAAUUUCACCUCCUCACCUUAAACAAGUAAUUAAGUCAUUUGAGAAAAUUGAACAUAAAGCACCUCUACAAGUACAAGUAAAAAAUUAUGAAGACUUAAGAUCCAAAUAUAAUAAGUUGCAAGAAGAAAAUAUUUCAUUAACUGACUUAACGAAACUAGUUCCACAAGAUAAAACGAUACAAGUAAAAGAAAAAUUAUCAACUCAAAGCACAACUGAAGAAGAAAUCAAUAUUAGCCAUGGCCAAUCUAAUAUGUCAUCUGAAGAAGAAGAAGAAGAAGAAGAAGAAGAAGAAGAAGAAGAAGACGAGGAGGAAGAUUAUGAAUUGGAAACAUCAGAAGGCAAACGUGUUUCCAGAGUAAAUGAAUAUGGUGGACAAAUAAAAGAUAAAGAUGAACAAGAAGAUGAAGAAAUAGAAGAUGAGGAAAUCGAAAAUAUUGACGAUUCAGAAUUAAUAGCUAAACUUGAAGUAAAAUAUGGAAAGUUACCUACCCCACAAGAUAGUGAAGUUGAAGAAGAAGAGGAAGAGGAAGAGGAGGAAGAGGAGGAAGAGGAAGAGGAGGAAGAGGAGGAAGAAGAAGAAGAAUUAGAGGAGGAAGAGGAGAAAGAGAAACAUAGUAAAAUGCCAAAAUGGAAACGUAUUAAAGAGUUAAAGGGCUCACAUGUGGAACCUCAAGCGAGAAGAUCCACUCAACAGAUAGGGAGGGAGUCUAGGCAAGUGGAUAAUAGACAACCUAAAAAUGGAGAAAAAGCUUAUAAUUUUAGUAAAAAUAUAUCAAAUUUAGAUGAUAUAAUCACAUACGAAGAAAAUAAUUCUGUAAAAUCUCAGGCUGUCAGAGAGUUCCACAAUUAGAAUACACAUAUUCUUGCAAAAUAACUUUGUUAAACAUACGUGUUUUUUUUUCGAGCUGAAACUACUGUUUUCUCAACAAAUCGUGUUAUGUUUGUAUUAUAAUGCGAUGUUAUCAGUAAUUUUUAAAUAUUAAAAUAUAAUAUUAUUAUAUAUACAGAAAAAA